UACCUGCAACUUGUUCAACGACAAGGACUACUCCAAGCAGAGACCCAAAAGAGAAAACCACCGACCAACUACGUAGUUUUCUAUAAACCACUUAAAAAAAAACCACCCACUUGCACACAGAAUCCAAGCCAAAAAUAUUACUAAAAUAUUAACAAAACUAACUGAAUAUAUAUAGUAUUAAAAAAGAUUGCAUGUGAUUCGAAUGCCAUCGAGUGGGUAGCCUUGCACUUUAAAUAUGUAAGCAAAAGUCCUCGUCUCUUGCUCUCUCAUGCAACUAAAGUUUGCGGCCUUUCUGCUGAAUCGCCUUCCUUCUUGAUCUUUUGCCCAUGGAUCCCAAGAAACCCAACAAGAUCAGUGAGAUCGUUCGCCUGCAACAACUGGUAAAGAGAUGGAGGAAGCUAGCAAGCGCUCCCAAGAACGGUGGGAAGAAGAGCAUAAGCUUUCUGAAGAGGACGCUCUCCUUCUCCGACUCGUCCAAGUUAGGAGACGUGCCCAAAGGGUACCUGGCGGUGUGCGUGGGGAAGGAGAUGAAGAGGUUCGUCAUCCCCACAGACUACCUCAGCCACUACGCCUUUGCUGAUCUGCUGAAGGAGGCAGAGGAGGAGUUUGGGUUCCAAAACGAAGGGGCUCUGAGGAUCCCCUGCGAUACAGAUGCCUUUGAAAAGAUACUGAAGGUGGUGGAAGAAGAUGAUGGGGACAGCUUCUACGUGAGGGAUCAGGGUGAUGCCGCCGCUGCGUCGAUGGGUGAGGAGAUGGGAGUGUCCUGUGGGUCUCAGGCCGACGCCAUUGCUGGCCUGGUUCGCUCUCAUUCGCACCACAAGCCCAUGUGUAGAUGAUCAUCGUUCAUGAUGACAAUUUACAGUAACUAUAUAUGAUAACCCUGAUGUUAUAUGACUCUUCUCUCUUUCGCUAGGUCUCUCUCUUCCCCCCCUCCUUCCUGGUUGUAUGUACAUGGCGAAGGAAGCCAUAAACAUUUUCAAAUGAGCAAUGAGUUUUGUGAA